AUGGCACAGAUAGAAGAAGAUGACGGGAUCUACCGCGGGGACUCCAGGGAAGAAGCGGACGUCUUGUUCGUGAGGAGAGGACUGCAGAACAGCGCCGAAAGCCUAAUGGACCAGCCUGGCUGGCAGUGCUUCUGCCCAGAAGACGUGUUCCCGCAGCCCGGGGAGCGAGCCCCGCUCAUGGGGGACUACGACGAUGACGACGAGUACGAGGAGGUGGCGGAGCGCAUGGUGCGUUCGCCUGCCGUGUACCGCACGCUGUGCACGCCCAAGGGCGGGCUCGACUUCCCCGACGGCGUGCGCUACUCCAUCCGCGGCAGACUCUGCCACUUCGGCGUCAUGGGCUACCAGUUCAAGCCGGACACGCCGCUGCUCCAGACAUGGGGUUGGAGUGACGGAGAGCUGGUGCGACUCUACUCGUCACGACCGGUACGUGCUGUGGACUUGCAGCGUGAGUACUUCAAUGCAUCAGAUGUUGCACGCGGUGAUGUCACUGAGGAGCCUCUGGGACCAGUUCUCAACUCAGACAGCAUGCAUGAUUGAGUUGCUCUGUCAGCAACCUUUUUGUGCUCAAUGGCUGGUGUUGCAAAGUACAUUGGCAAGAGUAGUGGCAAGCUUCAGAAGAGUACUGAAGAUCCUUG